CCUCUUUUCUUUUCUUCUCCUCUUCCCCUCUUACCCAACUCACCUCUCCCACUUUCCUUCCUCAUUUCCUCACUUCCCCACUUCCUCUCUCGAUCCUAGUCGCUCCAUCCGAAAGUCUUCUUUCUCAACGCAAACCAUUCUUGACAAGUCUCUCCACCCAAAACAACCACACCUCCUCUCCAACCACACACCACAAACCACCACACUCUCUUCAAUAAUGGCUUCCACUCUCGAUAUGUCCCUUGAUGACAUCAUCAAGACCAAGAGGACCACCCGCAGCAGAGCAGCCCCCAGCCGUGGCCGCGCCACCGGUCCCGUUCGUAACCCUCGCCAGAGCCGUGACAAACGCCCCUACCAGUCCGGUGUGCAACAGUACAAGGCCGCACCCGUUGCUCCACUUCACACCUCAGUCAUCCGUCAGAGCGUCCCCGAUGGAUCCAAGAUGCAAGUCUCGAACCUCGACCUCAGGGUCACGGCCGAGGACCUGAAGCUCGUCUUUUCCACCCGAGUCGGACCUCUCAAGAAGUGCACGUUGAUGUACGAUCAGAAUGGAAAGUCUUCCGGCACAGCUCUCGUUCACUUUAACCGUGUUGGCGAUGCUGCCGUGGCCAUGCAGAAGUUUAAUGGCGUUCCUCUCGAUGGUCGCCCCAUGAAGAUUGAGUUAAUUGUCGCCCCUGGCGCUGUCCAGGCCGUCCUCCCAACCGCGCAAGCACCAAGAGCCGCUUCGGGCAACCAAGGACAGCAGCAACGCGGUCAGGGGCAGCAGCGCGGUCAGGGACAACAGCAGCGCGGUCAGGGACCUAGCCGCGGUCGUGGUGGACGUGGACGUGGUCGUGGUGGUCGCCAGGGAGGCGAGAGGAAGGAAACCAAGACGGCAGACCAGUUGGAUGCAGAGAUGACCGACUAUAUGCAGGUGGACGCCUAAUUGCAAACUUAUAGGGCCAUCAUCCUUUUACGCAUACACGGAAACAGUUGGAUAUUAGGAUCUUUUUUUUUCUUUCGCUUUCUUUUACGAUAUGAUACGGCGCCAUCGAUGCCUUUGCUUUAGUAACCGACAUGUAACAAUACCAAAACACAAAAAAAUAUAUUAUGUAUGCCUUUUGCAACCC